GCUGCACUUGUUCUGUUAGCAGUUUGCAGCGGCCAUUUCAAAGAGACCAUCACAAAGACGAGAGAGAGAUCAGAGAAACACCCAUUCCCAAGAUGCUGGCACCCUGCCUUCCGAGAAGGGCGGUCCUUACAGUUCCUUUAGUUUUUGUGGUUGCACUGCUUCUCACGGAGCCUGUUAGAUCUGAUCAAGAAGUAGGAACAGCCAUACCAGCCGAAAGUCGUCCUUGUGUUGACUGCCAUGCAUUUGAGUUCAUGCAGAGGGCUCUGCAGGAUUUAAAGAAGACAGCGUAUAAUCUAGACACGCGGACAGAAACUCUGCUUCUUCAGGUGGAAAAGAGAAAUCUGUGCGACUGCGUGACUGCAAAUCUGCUGAACUGAAUCCUGGAGGCCAGCUAAGGAGUAUCACCUCUUCAGCGGUUUUUAAAAUGCAGCUGUAUAAAAUACAGCUUUAUGGAGUUCAUGUUGCAAGCAUGUAUGCCCCAAUGUACUGAGGAAACUGGGGGGCUGUGUCUUAUGUAUUUGUCUGUUCUGUUUUUUUCUUAAAGGAGUACCCUCUUUUCACACUGGUUUGCCAGUAAGGGCUCAAUUCAGAAAAUCUAUUACUUGGUAUUAGAGUGGGCAAAAAAUUUACCUGCUUUGAUUUCUAAAUCAGAGUUGGCCAAGUGUAACCCACAAGAUAAAUAUGGCCAGCAGUGCUCUAAGGACACUUGCAGAUGUUCUUUGUCUCUAAUACGAGCAUAUCUCUCUGGCAACUUGCCCAGUUACAUUGACACGGGGGAUUGUGGUCUCUGUAGGCUUUACCUGUGUAUUAAAGAUGAUGGAAGUCCUUUC